AUGGAGGACAAUUCUGAGAAGGCUCUUUUUUUUGUUGAAUGGAUUGGUGAACCUUCCUUUUAUCCGUUGGCAUUUAUUCGGAGUCCCAGCGGAACAUUCGCUGUUUCAAAGAAGGUGGUGGUUAUUGGCCGAGACUCUGCAAAUUCGAUUACAGAUGUUGUCGUCCAGGAAAGCAACUACAUAAGCAGGUGUCACGUCAUUCUGUAUUAUACUGGUCAACCGAAUAGAUGGAAUAUCAAAGUAAAUGGAAAAAACGGAGUGCUCGUCAAUGAAAUUAUGUAUGGACGAUCUGAGCGGACUCAAAGUAUUCCGUUUAGCUGUAUUUUUCGUUUUCCUUCCACACAUAUUGUUAUGCUGUUUUGUGGUAUCGAACCACUAUCUGGGACUGCGAAUUCGCCUGACUCUUUCGUUAGGAUAACAGAAAAUGAAGUGGAUUCAGCAGUUUCCUUGGCGGCUAUGCUUUCAUCUCAGGGCGUCACUCCUGGGAGUAUGGAAGAAUCAGGCAAGACAUUUUGUUUAUCCGAUAAGCCUAAUACGGGCGAAAACACUGGUGUAUCGACAGCUGAAUACAGCGAAUCGACUCAUACACCUUCGGAUAGUUCCGCAGGAGCGAAUGUCAGCAUUGGAUCAUCGACAUCAAUUCCGACGUCAGAUUCUGAUCGAAACUGCAAAGAAGAUUAUGAAGCUUCGGAUGGUAAACCACCAUAUUCAUACGCGCAGUUGAUCGUUCAGGCUAUUCUAAGUUCACCAGAUCAGCAGAUGACUUUGUCAGGUAUUUAUAACUACAUCACAAGCCGCUAUCCGUGGUAUCGUUCUGCCGAUAAAGGUUGGCAAAAUUCAAUUCGCCAUAACCUUUCAUUGAAUCGAUAUUUUGUGAAGGUCGCACGCUCUCAGGAAGAACCUGGUAAAGGUUCAUUUUGGAGAAUGGAAUCAUCUGCUGCUCUGCGUAAUGUCGAACUGGCUUAUAAGAAGAGGAAACCAAAAUUGUCAAAGGGUAACAAAGUUUUGAAUCUUGUAAUGGAUAACGAUGCAGAACCUGCUGAGUACACUGUGAUUCCUAUAGCAUCCGAAAUAGAAAGAAUUGAAACAGAUUCUCGUGCCGCCGAUCGACAGUUUAUUGCUGACACAGAAAUGUGUGAAAUCCUGGCAUUGAACAGUGGCGACACCAGCAGUAGUGGCAGCAAUAAUAAUGGCAACAGCUUCUUCAGUAGUAGUAGUAGUAGCAAUGGAAAUAGCAGCAUCACUACCGCCAACAACAGUAGCAGCGGUGGUAGUAGUAUCAUCAGCAGCGGCACUAAUAACAGAUGCAGCAUGGCAAGAUCGAAUGCAGGUGGUAGUUCUAAUUACUGUGUAGGUACAUAUCCAUCCGCCGACAUACAAUUUCCGCCCGCUGAAGCGAUAUUUCCGCUAUACCACCCACGAAGUUACAUUUCUUCAGGUAACAGUCGUCACUUAAAAAAGGACAUCGCCAUGUUCUCUACGGAGGAUAACAAAGUAUUACAUGAAGAUAUGCUAAGAUUUGCACGUAGUGCACCCUGUUCUCCGAAAAACGUGUCGUCACGACCAGAAUUUCGUUCCUGUGGUGCGACGUUCAGAGUUCGUCAGUCUGCAAAAGAUGGGCGUUCUCGUUUGCAACUCUGUCCUUCGGAACCGGAAUAUCGAUCCGCGUUAAGCUCUGAUACGUUACAUCAGAUCACUCCAUAUUCACGAAAUGGAACAAAGAGUUUGAGCACGACACCUGUUCAAGAAAUGCUUCAAGGUUCGAGUGGACUGAAACUCGAAGAUCUCAGACGUGAUCUCAUUAUGUUGAACGAUUCAAAUGAGCUGCAACAUCGUCAGACUAAUGGAAAAGAAGCACAAUCAUGUUACUCUAAUAGACACCAAAGUCCCACCUAUUUAGCACGAGUAGAGCCAUUCAUUAGUGAGAAAAUGAUUAUCGCAUCAAGUCCAAAAUCGCACACAGGACCAGAGCAGCAGCACAUGAGUUCAUUUAAAACAUCUGGUAUGCAACAAGUCAUCGGCAUCAAAAAUUACGUUGGAGAUGCCAAAAUUGUCGUUGAAAACGAAGUCGUUGACGAGGAUGGAUCUUUUAAACAUGUGCCAAUUAUGCGAAAAUAUGGUGUCGAUGAGUCGGUCAAGUUGAGUGCUUCCGAAAUGAUGCGUUCAUUCGGAGAGAAAUGCGUGGGAGACAUGCUAAUUCAGCGAAAACGAAUAUAUGCUGAAGCUAAUGCUGGUACUGGUGUUCAGAGAGAACAUCAUAAAAUUACGAAAAAACCCAAGGAAGCUGACGAAUUAUCAGUUCGUCCUACAGAAGAGGUGAUGGCAAUGAAGCAAAAGAAAACUGUUGACGUGCAACUCGCUGCAGGUACUCCGCAAAUUAAUAAUGGAGGCGCUGUUUGGACAGGAAAUCCUUUACUGACUCCACCACCUCGUAUAAAAUCAGAAACUACCACCUCAACUAAUUCUGAUUUUCUGACUCAACAGUUCCAAAUUGCUGACAACAUGAGUGGGAAUCGUAAUACCGUCGAAUCUAUCCCAAUACCAUCGAAUUGUCCUAAUACCGUCGAAUCUGAUUCUGUAUUGGAAAAAUUGAAGCUUGCUGCAGCUAUCUGCUGUGCGAAAUCGGAAUUGCUACGAAGUAAAUUAUGCACAGAGAUACUGUCGCAGCAGCAGUCGAACUUUGCAGCAAAUCUGAAUUCACAACCGCGGACAAAUACCUCUAUGACGACAGAACUUACAGACAGUUGGCAAGCUACAGCUAUGGAAAAUGCGAAACUUGCAGCAAUAUACCAACACUUGUUGCAGAAACCCGACAUGCUAAACACAUUACAGCCAACUCAACCGGCGAAUGCACCUGUUACUGGAGCAGUUUCACAGAAUUUGCCUAGUUUCAGUUCUUUGUUAUCAGAUGCUGCCUUGAUGACGGCAGUUUCGCAGCUGGACCCUGCUGCAUACAUGCAGUAUCAGUCAAAAGUUCAGCAAAUAUCACCUCCUCCUGUAUCGUUGGAGCAUCUUUCGAGUUACGUUAAUUAUAUUAAAACGCUUGCGGGUGUUCCAGUAUCGCAAAGUCAGCUGCAGUCAUCAGAUUUAGUUAUCCCAGCAAAUGGUGGACUGCAGCAGCAUCAAAACCUUCAAGAGUUGCAGCCACAGGCGCAGCCUCAGUUCACCUUACCGAACUGCUCCUUCCCAGCAACCUUUCCUCCUAAUCCUUUUCUUGGUCGUGAUUUAAAUUUGAAUAUCGGUCAGUGGUUCGAUUAUAUUCGCUUGCUCGCUAUGCAGUCCAGUUCAGCAGGGCUAUGUGUACCACCUCCACCUAUCACCACGCCGUUGUGGAAUCCGCUUUCUAUGGCUGCAUUGCAGAAUGCAAGCGUGCCGGCGCCCACUUUUCCGGAUUUGCAGAAAGAGCUCCCUGAUUUAACGACGCAGCAUAACUAUGACAACGUUUGCUCGAACAACAGGGAACACUGUCCAAAUGAUUUGGAGGUGGCAGAGAUACUAGCAUCAAUCGGCAAUAUGCCAUCUGCACAGUAAAGGUAGUAAAUGGUGCAGGACCGCGCUAAUUAACAAACGUUCGAUUUUUGGCAACGUAAUUUUUAGGACCAGCGUCAUAGUUUUUUUUUUCUUGUUAUUCGAAUAUUUUCCCUUCAGUCCAUUAGUUUGUACAAGUUUUUCCCCUUUCCUCUUUAUCUCUCUCUGUU